GCACUUGCUGUUUACCAGACGACACUUCCUCAUUCAGAAAAAGCAAAAGUCCAGUUUAGUUUAUUUCGGUAAAAAUUUACAAUGGUUUGUCCACAGAUUUUAGUCUCCGUUUUAACCCGUUUCGGACUUUACUUCGUCCUGAUCUGUACCAGCUGGUCAGGUGCAGCCGCCGAUCAGAAAAAUGGCAAGGCUUUCGAGGAGAAUUUGAAGGAUUUUGCGAGCAUGGCUGAGAGUUUGUCUGGCGGGUUGAAGACCGUUGCCAAAGCGGCCAAACUCCUGAGUGGGGACAUCGAUUUCGGCGAAGAGGAGGACUGCGAAUUCGUCUGCAAAAAUGGUGCCACACCAAGGAAAAAGAUUGGCUACGUUCCAGAAGACAAUGGUUGUGGAGCUUAUGGACUCAAGGUGGAUUUGUCAAAGCUACCUCAGAUGGAACAGUGUUGCACCAGUCACGAUCGCUGCUACGGCCAGUGUGGUAUGGAGAAGGAAACCUGCGACUUGCGGUUCUCGCAGUGUCUUGAGAAAGUCUGCAACCGACUGCUGAAGACGAUGGGCCUUACCGACGAGGAAUCUGAAGGUUGUAUGAUGACAGUACAGCUGAUGUACAUGACGGUGUUGGAGCUGGGUUGCCAGGCCUACCUUGACGCCCAACGGCAGGCCUGCAUUUGCAAGUUAACAGCAGACGAUAACAGAACUGGUCACAGUGGUGCCAAACGCAAGACCAAAGUGGAGCUCUAAAAACUGGACAAUAAUCUUUGAAUUUGCCGUGCCUAUGCUCUCCGACAAGUUUUUCUUGUAACAAACUUUCACUUUGUAUCAUAUUUUAUUAUUUUAUUUUGUGCAAACAAAUUUAAAGGGAAUACACAACAAUUGCUCUGGCUGUAGAUUUCAGAAAUGA